AUGAAGAACUGUGACAGGACCUUUUUCGAUCUUGCCAGUCCGGUUUAUCAAAAAACGCGAUAUAUUGUGCACCGUACACGACGUUUGCUGCGCCGCCAAGAAAACAAAUCGAACGCUGCAAGACGAAGGAAGAGGAGCCUGGCAGAGAAAGAAGAAACGAAAUUCAUUGUGCGCAAACGAAAUCGUCAUAUUUCAGUGGUUCCUGAAGAUGCCAUAAAGAAUGAUAGCGAUGAUGACGAUGGUCCAAUGUUAUUCUGUUUGUUUGGAGAUCCCAAAAAUGUCAAAUUUCUGAAGCCAGAGGAAAAUACUGCGCCGGCCGUGUCGAACAAAGUUAAAGAGGAGGGCUUCCAGCAGAGUGCUGAAAUGGAGAGCAAUGAUGAAUGCCAGGUUGUUUCGGAGGUAAUUUUGCCCAACUUUUUGACUUUGCAUGAUAAAUUAUAG